AUGUUCAGUUGGUAUCAACGAAGCUUAAUUCAGCGCCCCGUCUUGACCCAAAGUUUAACCACAGCGUGUCUCUUCGCCGUGGGCGACGGUCUCGCGCAGCAAGGGGUGGAGAAGAAAGGCAUUGCUCAACAUGAUGUAACCCGUACUGCCCGCAUGGCACUCUACGGUGGAGCUGUGUUCGGUCCGGUUGCCACCAAAUGGUUUCAAUUUCUGCAAAACCGCAUCCAUCUGGGCACUCCGGGGAAAACCCUCGUGGCUCGCGUCGCCACGGACCAGUUAGUUUGUGCUCCGACCAUGAUUGGCGUUUUCCUCUCCAGCAUGUCCCUCAUGGAAGGAGGUGAUCCGAAGGAGAAGCUGAAGAAGACGUAUUGGGAGGCCCUCCGGACCAACUGGACGAUCUGGCCCGCCUUGCAGACCGUGAAUCUGUAUCUUGUACCGCUGCAGUACCGAGUUCUGACGGUCAAUAUAUUCAACAUUGGGUGGAAUUGCUUCUUGAGCUUCUUGAACAAUGCCGAGAAGGGCCAUCUUCAAGAGCUACCCGUUGUCUGA